CAUGAAGAUUUUUAAAUUAUUUUAUUUGAUACUUUUAACAGUAAUUUCAUUCUCACAAGCAGCCCUACCGGAUCAGAGUGCAUUUGAUUUGUUGUUGACUCAGGAAAACAAUCAAAUACUUUUGCCAAUAACCGUGCUAUAUAAAACAAAACUGCAGCUGACAAUUCUUUGUGAAUCUUUUGAAAACUUCACCGAAAUACUUUUGAGAUACAAACUUACUGAAAGAAUUUGUAAGGAAAAUUCAUCAAUCGCUGAUCCUGAAAUAAAGAUUGAAGAAUCCCACAAAUGCGGUCACAAUGGUCCUAUCACAAUGAAUAAGAUUGAAUUCGUAUCAAAAAACAGCAAGAGUAAUCACACUGAUGUAGAUGACAAGGAUAAUAACGACAAGUCUUUGUUGGUAAUCCCUAAAGAUGGCAUUUACAUACUUCAAUUGGAAAUCAAUGGCAAACAUGAUUUUAAUGCUUCAGUGUCAAUGAAGUUUAAAGGUCCACAUGGCUUCUUGACAGCUAAAGAUGUUCCUAUGCUUCAUUUCUACGCUUUUAUGUGCUUGUAUUAUAUUUUAUUGGCUUUCAUAUGGCUGAUAUUCUCAGCUUUACAUUGGAAAGAUCUUCUGCGUAUACAAUUUUGGGUUGGUGCUGUCAUUUUUCUUGGAAUGUUGGAAAAAGCUUGUUUCUAUUUUGAAUAUCAGCAAGCCAAUACAAAUGGCUUUGCUACAUUAUCAUUAGCACUGACAGCUGAACUGGUGUCGUGUGUGAAGAGAACUCUUUCACGAAUUUUAGUGCUGAUUGUGAGCAUGGGAUUUGGAAUAACAAAAUCGAGGCUUGGCGAUGAGACAAACGUCCGAAUUUCUGUGAUAAGCAUUCUUUACUUCGUUAUGGCAUCAUCAGAGUCUUAUCUACGUCUCGUGCAAACAAGAGAUAGAAGCGAAAAUAAGCAACUUAUCCUUUCUGCUGUGCCAUUAGCACUAAUAGAUUCAAUGAUUUGUUGGUGGAUUUUCACAAGUCUUAUUCAAACAAUCAGAGCUUUGAAAUUAAGAAGAAACAUCGUUAAGUUGAGAUUCUAUAAUCAUUUUAAAGCUGUUCUCAUAUUUGGAGUGGGAAUGUCAGUCAUGUUCAUGCUUUACAGUAUAAGAAUUCAUAAAAUUACUGAGUGUGCUUGGAAGAAUCUGUGGGUUGAUCAGGCAUUCUGGCAUGUACUUUUCUCGAUUCUUCUAACAUCGAUUGCUUUUCUAUGGAGACCAACAGCAAAUAAUCAAAAAUAUGCUUUUAUACCACUACUUGAAGCUGAAGAGGAAGAUGAGCAGUAUAUGCCAACCAAUUACGACAUAAAAGAACGAAAGACAUCGUCAAGUCGAGCUAAUAAAAAUUCUUCAACUUCUCAUCAUGAAGAGAAUUUAGAUGAUGACACAAUUAAAUGGGUUGAAGAAAAUAUUGCAUCAACAUCGAUGCUUCUCGGCGACAGCGACGAAGAAUUAAUGAACACGAAAUUUGAAAUAUCUAAAAUGAAUUAAUUUUCGGUCGAUUUAAAUAGAGGCCAGUGAUUUAAGAUAAUAUGGAAAUUAAAUAUUAAUAAUAAAACUGAAUCUUAAUAAUAAA